AUAGUUUUAAUCUCGGGUAGUGGUACAUUGCUGUCAACCUUUAAAAUGUUAUAUCGGAGCAGUGGAUAGCGUCACUAUUAAAAAACUUACAAGUACAUUUAUAAAAAUUAUUAUAUGCAUACAAAAUUACUAUAAAAAUCUUAAGAAAAAUGCAUGAAUUAAUCUUAUAAUUAUCAUUCAAACCAAUAAAAUGACAAAAAGUAUAUGGUCAUAGUUAAUAGAUAGUUAUAUAAACAAAAGCAAUUAGAUAACUACCACUUUGAUAAAUAGAUAAUCAAAGUUAAUCAAGAUUCAAAAUCUGAUAACUAAUUUUCUUUCUUAUUUUUACCCCUAACUACCACUCGAACAGUUAUCCUAGAGGAGUAGUCCUUUACCAUUUCUUCUAUUAUAUGUCUUACACUCUGCCUUUCCCUAAGUAGCUAUUGCCUUCUUACUUAUUGAUAUUUGCUUCAUAGUCUAGAUGACAGGCUCUUGUAGAAAUAUUACAUUAUAUAUAAUUUAAAACUAAAUGGCCACAAUAUAUAUAUAUAUAUAUAUAACAAUAAACUAAAUAAUUAGUAGAUUGUUUAGCAAUAAAAUGCAAUAUAAAUACAUAGUUUUACAUGUAAAAACAAAUAUAGAGCUUCUGCUGUUCCACACUACUGCUAAAUGGCGCUGCGGCCAUGAUUGCAUAAAUGUGGCAUCGCAGAGCAGCAGUAGUGACUGAUUGCUGCUUGCUCUGGAACACCGCUAUUAGUGCUAUACUGCGCGCAAUUGACAACUACGGAUACUUCAUGAUGCUUGUGCUGAGGAGCUCUUCUGUUGACAUAGUUUUUGCUAUGGAAAAAGGAGAUGUGUAGAUAAGGCUGGGUUUAGAUAUGCUAUACGGAUGAUGUUCAUUUCUUCUCCUGUUCCAAAUUUGACUUCUGAUUACCCUAUUAGACCUUAGUAACCCCAAGAAAUCUUAUUGAAAAUAGAGCAUAUAAAUUUUGAUAUACUUAAAAUGUUGAGUUUUUUAUUUUAAAAAUUUUGUAUGUCUGAAAUAGUUGGAAAUUUUUUUAAUGAAUAUUUAAAUUAAAGUUUUUCUACUAGAUGUUUGCAGUUAUUUUUAAUAAAUUUGGAGUGCGAACUUUCUUUUGGAUUUCCUUACUGCAUUUGGUUUGUUGUAUGCUCUUAAAGACCUUGGAUGCCAUUUUUUUUGGGCAGAUGUUAUUUUUGUGCUUCCUUAAAUCCUUCUUAUGGUAAUGUUCUAUCAAUUAUAUAUCCAUGAACACUCUUCUAUCUAUAAUCCCUUAAUUAAGCGCAGAUAGAAAAUACAUAUUUCAGAAUAACCGUUAAAUUGUGUUAGUGAGACUCAUGACUUGGAAUGCCUCUUGUUGUUCUAAUGUGAUGCCAUAGUUAUGCAUGCUUCUUUUCUAUCUUCAGUUGUUUAAAAUGCUUCUGUUUCUGCUAUAUAGUGUCACAAGUAUUUGUUCUUUUUAUGGUCAUAUCAAAAUUGUGGUUUUCUCUGUGCACUAAUUCAGUUUGGCAUCCUCUCUUCCGUCUUUCUAAAUAUGAGUUACUUGUUUGUUUGGUGCGUGAAAUAGAUUUAUGAUUAGCUCCCUGAAAGGCUAAGAGUUGCUCUUGUUUUGUCUGUAAAAUAUGUUGUGUGAAUAUGGUGUAAUACUCAUUGUGAGAUUCCAGAACUUAAUAGACCUUUGAAGAUAGCGAGUCUAGUGACAAUACAAUAUAAUUGAAAAGUUUCAAAGAAUCAUCCCCCAGUCGCUAAUUGUCAAUCCGACUUCUCGUUGAGUUAGUUCAUUAUUUUCUAUAUGUGUACAUGGAUGAAAACUACUGGAUGAUUAUUUGCCCCAGUGAAUUUAUUAAUUUUAUUUUUACCCCGGGAUAUCAUUAAUUGUUAUGUGCACGUGGAUGGAAACUAUUGGAUGAUUAUUCUUUUAUCUCUCUUGUCUACUAUAUUGUCAGUCAGUCUCCUUCACUCCCUUUCAUCUCCCUUCUCUCGAAUCUUCUUCGAUUCCGUGAAAUUGUAGAGGUUUAAGGAUUCACAUAUCAGUAUGUAUUGUAUGAUGAUUCUGAUCUCAGAAGAGGAUCUGAACCAUAAGUUUCCUUUAACAAAUUAAGAAUCAAACUUCCUUUGAUCCACCAUCAUAUCACAAGUUGAGUGUAGUAAUUUGAUCUAGCCGUUUCUUGAGAAUAAACCCUUAGCCCCUUCAUUUGAUUGUUGAAAUUCUAUGCUAAUGGAUUGCCAUCAAUCAAUCAGUUUUGCUGAUGAAGAUUUUGUAGGAUUUCAUUCUAGUAACCCAGAAAAAGAAAUAGGGCUGCGUGAGAAUUUCGAACUCAGCCUGACUCCUCAUGUGUUUAUGCCCACUAAAGGUGGUGUUUGUAACAGAGAUUUGGAAGUGGGAAAUGAGGUACCUAAAAAGAAGACUAGAAACUCACUCACAUCAGAUUUGCUAUCUUUGAAUCGCUCUCAGGCAGAAGGCCAAGAUCUUCCACCUAAUUUUAAAAAACCUGUGUCCUCAACCAAGGAAAAUGCAGGAUUAUCUGAUGGAAAGGAGGUGUUUCAGAUACCAGUAAUGAAUUUGAGUCAUGAUCGACGGUUAUGUAAGUUGAAAAGGGCCUGUCGUUUGUUCUCUCAGGGAGGUUGCCCAUAUGAUGUAUAUUGUCCUUUUACUCAUGAUGAACAAUUAGAAAAACGAGAAUAUGCAGCAAUAUGUUUGGUACCAGGGAAGGAUGUUGCUGAUAAAUAUAAAACGAAGAUGUCUACCAACUGGAAGUCCUUUGGUACACAUGGGAAAGGGCUGCAAUCGGAUCAAUAUGGAGCAACAAUGAUCCCGUUGGCUCCUGCCGGCAUUGUUAAUCCAUCCGUUGUUUCAGUGACUCGUUCUUCCCGCACCAGAGCCACACCGUGGAAGUUGCCUGAGAUGGCCGCGACGCCAGGAGAGGUGCGCAUUCGAAAAUGGAAUGGUCCUGAUAAAAUCAGCAAGAUAUAUGGUGACUGGAUUGAUGACCUCUAGUGAGCUUUUCUACCUUUCCAUGCGUCCAUAUAGCAGCCAUCAGACUUUGCAGCCAUGUGCCGAUUGCAGGAGGAAGUGAAAAAAGACAUGGAGAAUGAAAAUUGGAUCUCGAUCGAGCUUUGAAUGCAAGGGAUUGGCUGGUAUGGUAUGAACACAUAAGUAAACAUGUUAGUUUUCAGAAAUUCUAAACGUAUUAAUUUUAUUAGCUGCCUGUGUAUUAGGAUCAGAUCAUAGUAUUGCGCCACUUGCCUGUGUUGCUAGAUAAUUUAGUUAAUUUUGAUUCGGAAUAUAUUAUCAAUUAUAAUAUGAGAAUCUUUUAUCAUUGAUAUUCUAAUAUACUUGUAAUUUAUUCGGUAGGAAAAUUAAUGCUAUGGCUAAG